UCUAGGAAACGGGAUUGCCUUUUCCCUUGCCCCAGCCGUAUCAAAGCAGCAUAAGAUUUGGCGAAUAUAAUCUAUUACUUCUUCAAUUACUACGUCAUAGUCUCUUCCCUUCUCAGCAUCUAUCAUUUGCUUUUCAUACACCAACUUGCAUUUCAGAUUUGAGUCUUCUUCUUUCCGAUGAGUUCCUCUAAUGCCACUCCAGAAAGAUUUUCUUCUCUCUCAAAACCUGUCAAUUCACUUCAAAGUCCUACUUCCUCCUACGAUAGCUUUAACUUCAUCCAAACAAAUAAAGAAAAGGAAGAUAUAGCGCAGAAGAAUAUCUCAGGCAGGAAAAAUAGCACUUUUGCAUACAGGAUCUGUGAACAUGUGAAACUGGGUCCAAAGCUGUCAGAAACUCUGAAGGGAAAGUUGAGCUUGGGGUCAAAGAUCAUACAAGAAGGUGGAAGAAGGAACAUUUUCAAGCGUAUUUUUGGGAUGGAAGAUGAUGAACAGCUUUUGAAAGCUUCACAGUGUUAUUUGUAUACAACGGCUGGUCCUAUUGCAGGCGUUCUCUUCAUUUCCACAGAAAAAAUUGCAUUUUGCAGCGAAAGGCCCAUGAACUUCUCUUCUUCCACAGGAGAUUUAGUCAGUGCACCUUACAAGGUUUUGAUACCAAUAGAGAAGAUAAAAGAGGCCAGUGAGAGUGAGAAUGUGAACAAGUCAGAACAGAAGUUCAUUGAGAUAGUGACUAAAGAUGGCUCUGAGUUUUGGUUUCUGGGGUUUCUGCGGUAUGAGAAAGCUUUAACAAAUCUCCAGAAAGCCAUUUCUAUGGCCAGUUAGAUCUUACCACGUAACUAAAUUCUUGAACUUUUGUCAGAGUCUCUAAUGUAUAAAUCAUGAAAUG